AUGGUGGAAUUCGAGAAACGGCUUGCCAAGUUAGAGCUUGCUAUGGCCGACCAUCAAGACCGUUGGGGCGAGCACCCUGAGGUGGUAGCAAGGGUCGUCGAAGCUCGCAUGGAGCGAUUCGCAGGGGAAUUGCAAGAGGUCAUGCAGCAAAUGAAGGACGACAUGCUAGGGACGCUCAACAAAAUGGUGGAACGUUGCAACAAGUCGAAGGAGGAAAGCCUUGCUCGUGUUUCCGCCCUCCAAGACGACGUCAACCGGCUUAUGGGGGAGCUGGAGACUUCUCGGGCAGAAUCGGCGCGUCUUAAGGCACGGCUUGACGCUGCGGCCGUGCGAGGGACAACCGGAGCCGUGGGGACAGUUCCAAGAAACGCAAACCCAAUUUGUUCUAUUCUGCAGGAUAACUGCAAAAGAGUGGCUGAUGAAUAUAUUGAGUGCGAACUAAUGAUCAUUGUCAUCGACUUGAUUCUGCACAAGCCCAAGGCAUACAGACAUUUGUUCUAUAACAUGUCCAGCAAAAAUGCUCUGGAUUUUGAGGGCUUUCUGUGGGGAUCAAUACUGGGAUUUCUAGUGUUGGACACUUACGGUUUGUUGGUCUUGAAUUUCAUUAUCAUGGGACGGAGUGCAAAAAUUAGCUUUGUUUCGCUUCUAAGGGUUUAUGUCAAGAUCUUGUUUGGUUCUGUUUUCGGGAAUAUCUUAUUUAUGUUAGUAAUUCUGACUGGCUCGACAAAAUUUCUGGAUGUUCCAACUAUGGGGUUGAGAAACAAAGAUACGGUGCUUGCAAUCCUUUUUUCGAGUUACUUCAAAAUCUUCCUGAUAGCGACUAUGGUCUGGGAGUUCCCUUCUUCGGUGAUAUUACUUAUUGAUAUGUUUGUCUUGUCAUCAAGUACAGUUGCUUUGAAAGGUGAAGCUUACUUGAUGAUUGGUAACAAAGAUACCCUGUUUGGUCUUUGCAUGAGUUACGUUGCCUUUUUUAAGUUCAACCAGUUGAAGUACCUUGGACUAAUUUGGAGUGAAAAUGAAAUUCUAUGCAUGAACUCCUGUUAUAUUCUUUAG